UCCUCACAUUUUUCAGGGCUUAGUCGAGGCUCUUGAGCUAUGGCGACGACGAUGAUGCUGCCGAUCACCUCUCCCGCCGCGGCGACCAUGUCUCCCGGAUGCAGCGCCUUCCAGUCCUCGAUCGGUGAAAUUCGAUUUGGAUCGUUGAGAAUCUCCCCGGCACAGCAAUCGAAGCGUUUGAAGCAAACAAGGCGAACAGUCGUAGCGGCGGAAUACAGACGAAGUGGUGGUGGACCAGGAGAUUUUGUUGCUGGAUUUCUACUCGGUGGUGUUGUUUUCGGUGCUCUUGGCUACCUUCUAGCACCUCAGUUAAAUCGAUCGCUCGAUAAAGUGAGUAGUGAGAACGGAGCGGCGCUGCCAACAAAACCAAACAAGUAUUUGGAAGACGAAGGGAUCGAGGUAAGCUCAUCCUCCGAAUCCCUCCCGUGGGUGUUAACAAUUCCAGUAAAGUUCCACGAACUCGAGGAAGAGAAUGGAAUCGAGACGACGAGAAAGAGCUUGAGCGCCAAGAUCGAUGAGCUCAACGCCGCGAUCGAGAACGUCUCCGCGCAGCUUAAAGAGGGCGAAUCCAUGAAAGAGAUCGAAGUUUCCGCAUAGAAAAGGGAAGAACAAACGAGAAGAAGAGAAGAGAGCGAGAAAGCGAGAAUUUAGAGCUCGUUGGCUUGUAAGGAAUAAUUUUUUUUUUGUUUAUCAAAUAUAUAAAUUGUAUUUCUUAUCUCC